AUGUCUCCUCUGGUGACAAAUCAUGAGGCUUAAGGGCUAUCGUGGUGCCCGAGAUGAGGAAAUGAUCACCUUGUUUGCCGGCUGCGCACGCAUAUCGGAACGGGUGGCUUAUGCAUCGCAAUAGAGCCGCAUUGCACUCCCUAACCCGGGGCGCUUCGAACCAGUUGAGAUAAAAUAUCGGAAUCGAUGCAGUUAGGAUCUGUCUUUAUCAGGACGCUGAAGCUCCGCGACAUUUCGUUCGGGAGAGCUCCGCGGCAUGAUGUUGCCACUUAAUCUCGGACGCGAUGCGUUCCCGAAAGAAUCCAUUGGCAAACUCCAAUGCGGUUCCUGCAUUCCGGAGGUCAGGUGUCGGCUUGUCGUCUGUCCGAAACAGUUGACGUCUACUCUGCGUGGGUCGAUUUCCUGGAUCUGGAAAAUCGGAAACAGAACAGCGCACCUUCAAGAGAACGAGGGCCUCAGGGACCAACGGAAGCUUCAAGCACCGCCGAACACAGGAGCGGAUUCACGGUCAGAAGCGAUCACCUUUGAGCUAACACUUGGAAUCCCCCAUGCCAUCGAGGAUCAGACUGAUCCAUUUCAUGUUCCUGUUCGGGGCUGGUCUCACAGCCCAGAAUUUGGAUUGGCAUGCCAAACCAAUCACAGGCCCAGACUGGUCAACCACAACCCGAUACUAAAUAUCCGUCGUGGCUCGCAAGGCUGCAUCUAUCCAAUUCUCAAACCUGGUGGUAUGAUUUUGUUCAGAGUGAUGAUUCACAAGAACUUCCCGAAUCCCGCUGGCGAUGCUCCGGUCCUGUUCUCUCCUCAGGUCGCAAAGCUUCCGUUCGCUGGCCGACUUGCUGAGGUCCAUAAAGUAAAGAGUCUACGACCUACUGACAUCGUAUGAGCUCGGAAAUCUGAUCAGACUCGAAGACGUCGAUCGCGUUGAACCCCUGCGCAGGAACGCCUGGUGCAAUAUGAGAAGGCCACAGAAGAAGCUGGACUUGCCUCAUGAUGCUACUCAGCAGUAAGCUCGACGGUGG